CCGCGGUCGUCAACGUACCAAUGGGCGUGAAGAAGGUUUACGGGAUGACGUCACGCCACACUAUUAAUACUUGGCCUCAAUCUUCAAUGCAGCAUUGAUCGUUUUCCGAGGUGACCGUGCCAGCGAACUAUACAGAGCUCACUUCACGACGUCAUCGUCAGUAAGGUAAUACGAGAUGGCCCGUACCAAGCAGACUGCUCGUAAGUCCACUGGAGGAAAGGCGCCAAGGAAGCAGCUUGCGACCAAGGCAGCCAGAAAGAGUGCGCCCUCAACUGGAGGAGUGAAGAAGCCCCAUCGCUACAGGCCAGGAACUGUGGCUUUGAGGGAGAUCCGUCGUUACCAGAAGUCCACGGAGUUGCUCAUCCGUAAGCUGCCCUUUCAACGCCUGGUGAGGGAGAUUGCCCAGGACUUCAAGACUGACCUGCGUUUCCAGAGUGCUGCCAUUGGGGCUCUUCAGGAGGCCAGUGAGGCUUACCUGGUGGGUUUGUUUGAGGACACCAAUCUGUGCGCCAUCCACGCCAAGCGUGUCACCAUCAUGCCCAAAGACAUACAGCUGGCCCGCAGGAUAAGGGGCGAAAGGGCCUAAAGAUCCUCUUGACGGCGUUGUCAACACAUAAUCCUAUUUAUCGUACCUAACAAUUUUUGUGGACUUCAUUUCUUGGGUAUUUUUCUUUUUUGCGACUUUUGUAUCGUAUUUUAGACAUCAACCAUUCCACAAGCUAAUGGGUAGUUGUGUAGGACUAUUUGCCUGUUAUAUAUGAAUCAUUACGUUAAAAGACAUAAUUGCCCCCUCCAUUCAACUUAAGGCUAAUAUCUUGCUAUGUUGGCACCAUACCAUUUUAGCACAAUGCAGCUCACUCGGUAAUCUCGUCACUGUUAUUGGUGCAAAGAGCAGACCCUAUUUUUCUGGACUGCUUUUUACGUGUUUUCCAACAUUGAACAAAAACUGGCAGCUACAUUUUACUAUUUAUGAAAUUGUCAUGUCUUUCUAUUAAAGGUCUUUAUGAAUAGAAAA